UUAAGGUUUUCUCCCUGUCUGGCUGACAUCGCCAUGAGAACCACAGCCUUAUGCGCCGUGCUUAGUCUGUUGGUAGUAUUGUUCUCGACCACAGAAGUGAACUCGUGCUACGUAAAAGCUAAUGGUUGCUCCAUACCAGGAAACCUUCCAUUCUUCUACAAGAGGACAUUUAAACCAGCUUGUGACAAACACGAUGUCUGCUACUACUGUGUAAGACUUGCGGCUUCAUUUUCUUACUACAAAUUUAUCAGAAUGACGGCUACAAUGUCUCACCUUCACAAAUAAGGAUAGCUUUACUACGAAAAUUAACAGUUGGAUGCUACAUACGCAAAUCCAGAACAAAAGAUAAAUAAAUGCAUGACGCCAUACUAAAGAACCCAAAUUUAGAACUAAGGACAAAUAAAUAGAUUGAUGUACCUAAAAACUACAGUGACCAAAAUACAGCAAUAUCGUAAGCAUCUUUGAGUGGUUAGUAGAAAAUUGGAACUAAGAUGAACUUAAUUUAACUCCUUAAUAUUUGGCAAUUUUUAUUUUUAGAAAAUACUGAAUACUGAAGGGUGUUUUCAUCGGUCGUUACCUAUUAUCUAUUAGAGAACACACACACACACAACUAACGUCAUAAAGAAUUGUUUUUUUUUUUUGGUCUUGUUUUUUGUUUUCGUCUUUUACAAGAUUAUUCCAGAUCGAGCAAGUGUAGGUUGCAGGAAAAAAGUUUAAACAAAAAAAAGUUUGGGAGAUGCCUAAACUUUCAAAAUUAGAAAACUAAAAUACUGCAACAUCCCAGGGCUAGGAUUUAUUUUUAUCAUUACUUUUAUGUAUUUAUUUUUUCUGUUACUAAAUGAAACAAAUAGAUUCCAUUGUAUAAUUUGAAAAUGAUUUUUUGAGUGCCCGCACAUUAAAGCGCAGAAAAACAAAGCUUAGUUUCACGUUCUCAAGUUUCUUUCUUUCUUUUAGGGUCGACAUUACAGGUGGCGCCGAAGGCAAUGCGACAGAGCAUUUCGGCGCGACAUGAAGAAGGUGUGCAACAAGUUCAGAGGGUUCAAACGCUGGACAUGUAAGAGGACUGCAGACGUCUACUACGUUGCAGUAAGAGCUGGUGGGGCUUUUUUCUUUAAAAGCCCAACUCAAUCAUGGUGCAAAAAGACGUGCGCAAAGAAUCGUGGAGAUCCAAACAAAACUCUCAGGGGUUAA